AUGUCUCCUCGCAAGCGCAAGUCGAAGGCCGAAGAGAACAGCACCGGGGAUAGCGAUGCAUUUAUCCCUCCGACUAAGACCCCCCAGCAGAAGAGAGUCAGGAAGGCAGAGCCUCGACGAGAGAGUCGAGCAGAUGGCCACAACAAGGACAACACCGACCAGGGAUACAACGGAACGAUGACUUGGUCCCAGUUUCAACAGAAAUUCAACGAGAAAUCUAAGCGGGACAUGGAUGGGUAUUUGGAGGAUGCCAGCAACGAGCUCAAGGCUAUCCGUGAAGAACUGCUCAGUACAUUCAACAAAUCGAAGGACGCGCUGGAAUCUGCAGGCACAAAGCAAGCCAAGAGCAUCGCCGAAGCAUGCCAGCGCUUGGCCAAAGACGAGCGAGAUAAGGCUCUGGAUCGUCUCAGUCAUCCCCUUUUCAAAGCUGGUCAACAAAUCUUCAAGAGCUGCCACGAUAUUCUCGACUAUCACGACAAGGCGAACCAGGCAUCUGUGUCCAAGGAGGCCAAUCCUCCGGGCGACAUGUGGCAGGCAGAUAAUUCUGCCAUCCAGGAGGUGCUUUCUUACGCCCGCCAGUACGGAGAGAAGCUGGUUGAUUGCGCCAUUACACUUGACUCGGACCUUGAAGUGCUUAAGGUCGACCGCGAGCAGCUGCCCGAGACUGGGACCAUGGCGAUUGAUAUCUUCGAGAAGAGUGGAAAAGCCAUUGGAGGCGAGACUUGGGGCCGCACUGUAGCAGCACAGCUCAGCGCAAGCCAGGAUGGCGUAAAUAUUGCGGAGCUGGCAUACUGCUUUAUCAACAAGACAUAA